CUCGCGCAUCUGUGUCUGGCCCGUUGCUUGAAUCCUCUCCUCUUCUUCGCACUCGUGCGACUCGACUGAAGGACGUCUCUCGUAUUGUCUGAGCCUUCUUUGCGGCUCCGUCAGUCCCCUCGCCUGGCUCUUGUGAGGUAGUUUAAAUUGCUAGUCUAAAUUCCUAGGCUGAAUUCCUACUUGGCCCCGUAUCGUUAUCAUCCAGUUGUAACCACCUGCGAUUUUCGUUAACCGUAGCCUAUUAGUGGAACUCGAAAAUCUUCUAAGGGUCAGACAAAUCGAAGCCUCGCAUCGACUCGACUCUGAAGCGCAUCAGGACAGCUAGCAUUCUUUGGUUGAGAUUUUCAGACUCGGAUUACCGGGCUCAGAUUACCAGGCUCAGAUUACCAGGUUCAGAUUACCAGGCUCAGAAUACCAGGCUCAGGUUACCGGGCUCGGAUUACCAGCUCGGACUACCAGGCUCGGAUUACCAGGCUCGGAUUACCAGGCUCGGAUUACCAGGCUCAGAUUACCCGGCUCAGAUUCCCAGGCUCAGUCCCAGGCUCGGAUUCCCAGGCUUAUAUUCCCAGGCUUAGAUUCCCAGGCUCGGAUCCCUGCAAUUCACAGACAGAUCGGUCAGAUAGGGCCGACACCAUGGCGUCGCUGCGAGCGCAGCUGAAAUACCUCUGGGAGAAGGCGUUCCUGUACCGCACCGUGCUCGUCAUUACCCACGUGGAGCAGCACCCAGGCACACUCCCGUCCUUCUUCAAGCUCUCAGACGGGAUACAGAAGUUAUUAAGCGUUAGGGUGGGGUGCAGCGAGGAGGAAGAACUUUAUCAAUCAGAGUGACAGUAGACCCUCAGGGAGCAGCACCCAGGGACCCGCCCUUCCUUCUUCCAGCUCUUUGAUUGGAUGCAGAGGGUGCUGAUGACCCGGGAGUUAUACUUGAGCAAAAUGAAGCCCACUAUGGCCGGAGGCAAAUCCAUGAAGCCGACUCUGAAGGGGACAAAGGACGAGUGGGUGCUCAGCCGAUAUCUGCUGCCUCGUGGCUUCCACGACAUCUCUGUUGGUGACGUUGUGGCGAUGAAAUUUGAUCCAGCAAGGGUUCCUUCUGCCCCCAAUACAGUCAAUUCCGAUGCAAUUGUAGAGGCAGCGGCAAAUCAAGGGGCAGCGGCAGAGGCAACGGCCAAUCAAGAGACAGCAACUGAGGCAAUGGUCAAUCAAGGGACAACAGCAGCGGCAAGUGCCGAAUUAAAGCCCGCUUCUUGUUUCAAGGCAGACAACCCCAAAAAGGCAAUGAGAAGGGAAAUGGUGGCCCAGUCAAAAUGUACUGCUCCUGCCACCGGCUCAGCCAAUCUUGAGGCUGCAGCAGCUUAUGCCUCAGCUCCCGAGACAAAUGUUUCCUUUCUUUGGAUUCCGAGGCUUCUGGGAAUUCUGGGGCUUCUGGAGCUUCUGGGGCUUCUAGGGCUUCUGGGGCUUCUGGGGCUUCUGGGGCUUCUGGGACGGAUGGGGCGGAUGGGGCUUCCAAGGCCGAGGCACCUUGGAGUCAGCUCCCCUUUGUUUUCCGGCGAGUGGCAGCAGUAGCUGGAGAUGAGAUGGUGUCAUCUCAGCCGUCGGAUGAGCCGUUCCGGAUCGAGAAGGAUCAUUUCUGGUUGCUUGCUGACAACUCCGGUGUUCCUGCAAAGGAAGCGAUUGACAGCACCAUUGGUCCCGUGCACUUAGAUUAUCUCAGUGGGAGGGCGCUGUAUGUGGUGCGGUCAGCGAUUGAUCAUGAACCCAUACACAACAGUCCGCAGACCAUGCAGGACGAUGCAGCAGUGAUGACGAUGGAAUGCAACAUCGAAGAUCUUUUAAAAAGGUCAUAAAAUCCUAAUCAUUUGACUUAAAAGCAUGGUACAAGAGAAUGAAGUUGCCUUGUCUAUUGCUUGUAUGUUGAGUGGGAUAUAGAGCUGCUUUUGCAGAGAGGGUAAUAUGCAUUUUAAUUCACACCAAUGUUGUCUGGAUGCCGAAGGUUUC